UUUGUGUGUACUUGGAAGCUGGAACAUUUUGUUUCUGUAGGUAAAUACAGUAAGUCCCUACAGCUGGACAGCCAGUGGCACUUUACUAGCUUUCUCAUUAUCAACAGCAAUCAAGCUCCAAACUGUUGACAGGCUGGCGUUUAAGCUUCCCUAACGUCAACCAGGCAGACGUAAGGACGUCAAACUUUAUUAGUUUAGAGUUUGAGUAAUGAGAGAUAAACACGUCCUCCCUUCAUGCUUACUUUCAACAAAAAAGAAGUUAUGGAUAUUUGCGACGGGAAGAAGAGGAGACAGGUAAGCGGCGGCGUGCGGGGCUGCAGGCGGAGCGUGGCCGUAAAAAUGAAGCGCGACGUGGGUAAAGUCCUCCGUUCCCUAACGGUGGGGGACAACAAUCACACGGAGCCUAUGGAGGAGGAAGAGGACGACAACUGCUUCUCCAUUAGCUUCCUGCGGAAUGGCAGACUGGAGCCCUCCGCGGCGCUUUCUCCGCGGUACAGCCUGCUACGGGAGGUCGGGCGGGGAAGCUACGGGGUCGUUUAUGAGGCUAUAGCCCGGAAAACAGGGGCCAGGGUGGCGGUCAAGAGGCUCCAAUGUGACGCCCCGGAAAACGUAGAGCUAGCUCUGGCCGAGUUCUGGGCUCUGACGAGCCUGGAGAACCGGCACCAGAAUGUGGUCCAGCUAGAGGAGUGUGUCCUGCAGAGGAACGGCCUGGCCCAGAAGAUGAGCCAUGGGAACAAGCGGUCCAAACAGUACCUGCGCCUGGUGGAGACGUCACUAAAAGGGGAGCGCAUACUGGGUCACCCAGAGGAGCCCUGUUACCUCUGGUUUGUCAUGGAGUUUUGCGAGGGCGGGGACCUCAACCAGUACAUCUUGUCCCGCCGACCUGACCCCCAGACCAACAGGAGCUUUAUGCGCCAGCUGACGAGUGCCGUGGCUUUCCUACACAAGAACAACAUCGUUCACCGUGAUCUGAAGCCCGACAACAUUCUCAUCUCACAAAAAUCUGGUUCACCUGUUCUCAAAGUGGCCGACUUUGGCCUCAGUAAAGUGUGUGCCGGCCUACACUCCAAGAACAGCGAAGAACACCCUGCGGCAGGCGGCAGAGGCAGCAACCAGAACAACAUCAUCAACAUAAACAAGUUCUGGUUGUCGUCGGCCUGUGGCUCGGACUUCUACAUGGCUCCCGAGGUGUGGGAGGGCCACUACACGGCCAAGGCGGACAUCUUCGCCCUGGGCAUUAUCAUCUGGGCGAUGAUCGAGCGGAUCACUUUCAUCGACGCAGAGUCCAAGCGCGAACUGCUGGGCACCUACAUACGGCAAGGUACAGAGAUUGUACCCGUCGGGGAGGCUCUUUUGGAGAACCCCAAGAUGGUUCUCCACAUCCCUCAGAAGGCCAGGAGCUCCAUGUCCGAGGGGGUGAAGAAACUCCUCCAGGACAUGCUGGCGGUCAACCCUCAGGACCGACCAGACGCCUUCCAGCUGGAGGUGCGGAUGGACCAAGUCACGUGUGCUGCGUGACAGCCCCUCAACUUCCCGAAACCUCUCCUUAUUUUAACCUAACUAGUCAAAGAAGGGACCACUCUCCUUCCCAGCUUUGUUUACUUCAUGGACGUGGACUACGAUGGAAAAAAGGAGCUCUGACAAACCGAACUGUGAAGGAUCCACAAGUCAUGAUUUGAGCGGGAAGUGAUGGACUGGCUAAUGAUUCCAAAACUCUGGGACAGGAACAGUAUGCAAACAAACCAGACCACAACAGUGCACUUCCAGCUACAGCCAGCUGCAACGCCUGUCACCACGGAGCUGCGGACGUUUGAUUUCACUGGUGGAGAAUGUCAGUGUCUGGGCUGACUGGAUAUGACAACCAGGUUUAGGUUUAUAUUUGUUGAUUUUUGUUCCCAACAGCCCCAGUAAAGGCCUGCUCUUCCUUAACAUUUCUAAUUAGGGCUGGGUAUCGCCACAGAUUUCCUAAAUCGAUUCCGAUUCACACGGUCCCAUUUCGAAUUGAUUAGAUUCUACAAGCGAGUCGAUUAGGGAUGUCUCAGUUACAAUAAUAUAAUAAUAUAAAAUAAGCUUUGCUUGGAUAUGAAAGAGAUUCUCAGAGAACAAAUGAUGUAAUUUGUACAAGGAACCCUCUAACCUGCUGCAGUAUUAAAAAUAUGAAUGCUGUCAAGAGUUGACCCCAAAGCAGUUACAUAGAAGCAGAAGUGCUGUCUUAAUGCAGAGGGUGUGAUGCACAGACAGAGACCUGAAGCCACAUCUGUGAAAACGGCCAUGCCAGUUUUUCCCUCGCCAAAAUGUAGCCAAACUUUAGAGCGUUAUUCAGCAUGAGAAUAAUUUCUUUUGAUCGUCUAGUUUCAUACGAUACCAAUAUCUUCAGGCUGGCUUUGACGCGAAGCCUCUUAAAAGACCGAUCUCAGGAUUUUAUGAAACGAUAUCGGAUCAUUCAAAUAUUCAUUCAAUUUGAAUCGGAAAAUCGAUUUCUUUUUUUUAAAACCCAGCCUUAUUUGUAAUGUACUUGUCUGUGGCACAGGUAACGUACUGGACUGAACCAGUAUCUUAAGGUCAAAGCAUUAUUUAAUGAUGACAGUAUGUGUGAAUUACUAUGAGCAACAGUUUGUCUUUGCUACGCUGCCCUGUACAACCUCGUGCCUUAACGUUGAUUCACAUUAAGUGCGAUUGCAUCAUGAAAACGAUGUUGUGGGUUACAGAGGGAACUCGUACACCGAGGCAGAAACUUCACGAGGCUGGAACCACUUUGGUCUCGUGCAGGUUUCUUUAAAUUGACCAAAGGAAUAUUUUGCUUUCAAUGAUGUCAUAAUUUGUUACCGAUUUCCCCGGCUGCAAUAACGUCAAGUGCGAAUGUGAUCAUUCGGUGGCUCGCCUCUACUCAAAAGCUCAAGUGCAGUCAUGAUGCUGAAGCUGAAAUAUACAAAACUUAAACUAAAAUGAUAUCGGCAUCAAGGAUUUUCUGCGAGUGUCACAUGUAAGCUCAUGUUUAGGAGGUUUACAAGGAUAUUUCACUCCAGAGACACAACAAAUGUGAAUGUGGACGGUUUUCACGUUGUUUUGAAGGUGUUUUACAGAAUUCUCCUUAGAAGUAAGCCGGCCUGGGUCAACUCCAUACAAUACUGUGCUAUUGUAACCAAACAAUUCAGAUUUGCUUUUUAUGUGGGCAUUAGUUCCUGUUCAAUCCAAAGAGCAGCUGUUUUGCGUUUAUCUAUUUAACAUCACU